GAAACCGCCCAGCACAAAAUCCCAUAUAAAUUACUACACUUUGUAACAGAUUACGUUCAAUUAAAAUUCAUUAUAUCUUAUAGCAGUUUUUAUAGAUAUACAAAAAUCGUAAUUUUAUCCACUAUAUUAAAACGUUAUAAUCUGAGAAAUUUGCCUUUCAAACCAAUUCUAUUCGUAACUUGUCCUUUAAUUUAUUUAAGAAAAAAUUCAUUUCUCAAUAUUCUUUGAGUUUGGAUUCUUUUUUUCUCUAUCAUCAAUUGAACACCAACUCAACUCAAACUUGCACUCCAGGCGAAUUUCCUGUUAUGUUUCAAACAAAUAGAUCUUGAGCACUGUUUGCUGAAGCAAUAUCCAGAAAAGGGAGGGAGAAUAAGUGUACGAAAAUAUGAACAAGCUGCAUUAAUGGCUCGCAGGUGAAAUCUGAACUGAAGUUUUUUGAAGUUACAGUACACACUGAAGGGUAGAUUUUCAUUCACCCUCUUACGCCCUUCAAUCAAAAGUUGCUAACUUUCUAGUGAGGCAGUAAUAAACAGGUUUGACCCCAUUCCUUCAUGAAGAUGGGUCCCAACUCCCAAAUCAAAACGUUUGGUGAGGAUUAUUGUUGAUGUAAAUUUAGCAUCUUUAAUUGAAAACCAUGUCUUAUCCUGCACUAAAAUUAGCAUAAUUGUUAGCCAUUCAGCUUAAAGAAGAUUGAUUUUUGGGUUGGUUAGGUUUGCCACCAAACUCAUCAUUGUACUAUUAUCAGCUAAAGAUUUGUGGGGUACUGCUUUUUUGGUUUCCAUCUUAUAGAGAUCUUGGUUCUUGCCGACAAGGGUGAGCAGUGUCAAAUUUGGAUUUUGAUUCAUAACUGCUGAAAUAGAAUAUGAGGAAAAAUGUUAGUUCUCAUUCAGGAAGAUUAUUCAGUGAUAGGAAAUGGGUUAUACCGUUCUUUGCCAGUUUGUUUGUAUUUGUUAGUCUUGUUCUUACUGCAAUUGUUGGGGCUCUUAGCUCUUCUGAAGGGAUAGAACAAUCUUCAACCUUUGACAUCAUUUCAUUUGCAAGAUCAGAGGAUUCAGGUGGUUAUUUUGUGGAAUCAGAUUUCGAAAGGCAGGUUAAUGCCAAUGUGGUUCAGAAAAUGGAGCCACCUAGGUUGGCAUAUCUUAUUUCAGGCACAAAAGGUGAUAGUCAAAGGAUGAUGAGGACAUUGCAGGCAGUUUAUCACCCAAGAAAUCAGUAUAUCCUGCAUUUGGAUCUUGAGGCACCGCCCCGGGAAAGAUUGGAAUUGGCAAAUGCAGUGAAAGGCGAUCCAACAUUUCGUGAGGUAGAGAAUGUCCGUGUUAUGUCACAAUCCAAUUUGGUGACUUACAAGGGUUCUACUAUGAUUGCUUGUACACUCCAAGCUAUAGCAAUAUUACUGAAGGAGAGCUCGGAUUGGGACUGGUUUAUAAACCUCAGCGCCUCGGAUUACCCUCUUGUGACACAGGAUGAUUUACUUCAUGUUUUCUCUAAUCUGUCGAGAGAUCUCAAUUUCAUCGAGCAUACGCAUAUUGCUGGUUGGAAACUGAGCCAUAGAGUAAGGCCAAUUGUUAUUGAUCCUGGCCUUUACUUAUCAAAGAAAUCUGAUAUAGCAUGGACUACUCAGAAAAGAACACUUCCAACUCUUUUUAAACUGUUUACAGGUUCAGCUUGGGUUGUGCUAACAAGAUCCUUUAUGGAGUACUGUAUAUGGGGAUGGGAUAACCUUCCAAGGACUAUUCUUAUGUACUAUGCAAAUUUUAUCUCUUCUCCUGAGGGUUAUUUCCACACUGUCAUUUGCAACACUGAGGAAUUUCGCCACACUGCAAUAAGCCAUGAUCUUCACUACAUUGCUUGGGACACUCCUCCAAAGCAGCAUCCUAUGAAAUUGACAAUGAAGGACUUUGACAAAAUGGUUAAAAGCAAUGCUCCCUUUGCCAGAAAGUUUGCAAAGGAUGAUCCAGUGCUGGACAAGAUUGACAAAGAACUCUUGGGAAGGACACAUAGAUUUUCACCUGGGGCAUGGUGCGUUGAUACCUCAGAAGGUGGUGAAGAUCCAUGUCUGUUGCGUGGCAAUGAUACGGUUUUUAGGCCAGGACCCGGUGCUGAGAGAUUGAGUGUGCUGAUUCAAACACUGUUGUCUCAAGAUUUUAGAAGCAAGCAGUGUUUGUGAUGAAGGGUUUUAACUGUUAAGUGUGACCCUUCAAUAGGAAAAUUUAAAGUGUACAUA